AUGGCCGUGGCCCGGGCCCGGGCGGCGGGGCGAGCAGAUGCUGUUGCGGCGCUGGCGCUGCUGUGGCUGCUGAUCUGCGCUCCGGGGGACGCCGGCUGUCACCCCCUGACCGUAGCCGAUCUCUUCGACCGGGUGAUCCGGCACUCGGGCAGGAUUCACAGCCUCUCCACGGCGCUCUACGCCGAGCUGGAAAAACACUUCCCUCCCCGUGACAACGAGCUGGGAAGGCCCGCUCGGAAGUGCCACACGUCGGGAAUGCUGACCCCCAACGGCAAAGAAUACGCCCAAAAAAUCCCGAGAGAAGAACUAACUCACGUGAUACUGAAACUUUUGCAAGCCUGGAAAGAACCCCUUUCCCACUUCAACCAGCAUAUUGAGCACCAUCAAGAGCUACCUGAUGACAGCCUUAGCAAAGCUAAGCAAAUCAGCAAUAUGGUACAUGAGCUGAAGACUGGAGUCGAGAAAGUAACAGAAAAGAUGCAGUCAAUGGGGAUCAUCAGCAAUUCAUUAAAUGGAAUGGCAUCAUCUGAAGACACUGGUUUAUCAAUUAGUAAUGAAGCAAACAUGAUGAGUGACUCUGAUUUCAUUCACUGUUUUAGGAGAGAUUCCAGUAAAGUACAAAGCUACUUAAAAAUUCUCAAAUGUAGGAUUAUGCCAGAAAAUAGUUGCUAA